AUGGUCCUUCGACUUUCGUUUGCCUGCUGGGAUUAUGACCGAGUGAAGGCCAUUGAAGAUGGAAGAGUUCGUCCCGAAGGUAUAGAACUUACCUUCUUGAAUUAUCGCGUCGAGGAAACCUUCUUUCGUCAACUGCGAUUUCAAGAAUUCGAUGUCUCGGAACUCUCGUUGUCAUCGUAUGUGAUGACACUGGCUCAAAAGAACCCACCUUUCAUCGCACUGCCUGUGUUCCCCUCGAGAUUCUUCCGCCACCAGUCCAUCUACGUGAACAAGAAUGCCGGAAUCUCGACUCCCAAAGACCUUCGAGGGAAAAGGAUUGGCAUUCCCGAGUAUCAGAUGACAGCAGCGGUGUGGCAGCGCGGGAUUUUGGAAGAGGACUUUGGCGUACCGUUGAGCAGUGUGCAUUUCUUCGUGGGUGCCAUUGAGCCAUCCGCACAGCCACGGAUCAGCAAAAUCUCUCACAGCUUGCCAGAAGACAUCAAGGUCACGCCCAUUGGUGCGGGCCAGAAUCUUUCCGAAAUGCUCGCCAGCAACCAAAUCGAUGCCAUUUUCAGUGCUAGCAAGCCUUCGUCAAUGAGCACGUCGCCCAACGUUGGACGUCUCUUCAAUAACUUUAAGGAAGUUGAGUCCCAGUACUUCAAAGAAACGGGCAUUUUCCCCAUAAUGCAUGUCAUAGCGCUCAAGCGGAGUGUAUACGAGUCGAACCCUUGGAUUGCAAAGUCUUUAACCAAGGCUUUUGCGCAGGCGCUGGACUUUGCCUACGACGCAGUCUUAAGCCGCGCUGCAUUACGAUAUAUUUUGCCUUGGUUAGAAGAUCAUGUUGAGGAAACGCAGAGCCUGAUGGGACGUGAGAAAUGGUGGACGGACGGGUUUGAGGAGAAUGCGCAUGUGAUUGAUAAGUUUCUGGAAUAUCAUCAUAAGCAAGGUCUUUCACCUCGCCGUCUUCAGCCAUCGGAGAUUUUUGCACCAAAUACACUAGAAACAUUUGUUAUUUAA